UGCCUCCAGCACUACAGCGCCUAGGUGCUCAGUACUUCUGUACUCGCUGGGUACCUGUGAGUGCCUGAGUGGCAGGGCUACAGUAUCUAUCAUAGCUGUAUAAACCAUGAGCAAAACUGUAACACCAUCUACCUACGUCCGAAACCUUAGCCAUGGAAUGCACAGGCAGCUAGCGGACCUUCUCGAUCCCCAGGAGGGAUGGAAAAAAAUAGCUGUGAAUAUAAUGAAACCUUCUGGUGAAGCAAGAUACUCACAAUUUCAUAUACGGAGAUUUGAAGGAACUGUGCAAAUGGGAAAAAGUCCUACAUGUGAAUUACUUUAUGAUUGGGGAACAACAAACUGCACUGUACAAGACCUCAAAGAUCUGCUGCAGAAGAAUGGCUUUUCUGCUGCUGCUUCUCUUCUGCUUCCUGCUAAAAAUACAGAAAAUGUAAAUGCAUCUACGAGGCCUGUUAGUUCUGCAAUAAAUGCCCCAUGUGAGAUGUCAGCAGCAGAAGUUAUUGAUACUUGCAAUCCUCACACUUACCAAAGUAAAGGACCAGAAGAAAAUGAAGUUGAUGAUUUUGAUGACAUGGGGAUUGGUAGAUUUUCUUUCACUGAGGUAAAGCAAAGCACUAAUAAUUUUGACAUUCGACCAGUAUCUGAAGGAGGCAAUAAAUUAGGAGAGGGAGGCUUUGGAGUUGUCUUCAAAGGGGAAAUAAAAGAAAAAAUUGUAGCUGUAAAAAAAUUGACAGAGCUGGUCGAUGCUAGUAUUCAGGAUCUAACAUGCCAGUUUGAACAAGAAAUCAAAAUUAUGGGCAAAUGCCAACAUGAAAACCUUGUAAAACUACUUGGUUAUUCCAAAGAUGGUGAUCAGUACUGUCUGAUAUACACAUAUAUGCCAAAUGGUUCUUUGCUGGACAGGCUAGCUUGCUUGAAUGAUACACCACCAGUAUCAUGGGUUUUGAGAUGUAACAUUGCAUAUGGAACUGCAAAUGGUAUCAAUUAUUUGCAUGAAAACAGUCAUGUGCACAGAGAUAUUAAAAGUGCAAAUAUACUCUUAGAUGAUACAUUAGUUCCAAAAAUUUCAGACUUUGGAUUAUCAAGGGCAACUGGACAGUUUUCAAAGACUAUGAUGACUGAAAGAAUAGUUGGUACAACAGCAUAUAUGGCCCCUGAGGCACUCAGAGGAGAGAUCACUAUAAAAUCAGAUAUUUUCAGUUUUGGAGUGGUACUGCUAGAAAUAAUCUCUGGUCUUGCUCCAGUGGAUGAGAAUCGUUCUCCAUCACUGCUGCUUGAUAUUAAAGAAGAAAUUGAGGAAGAGGAGAAGACUAUAGAAGAAUACACUGACAAAAAGAUGGGUGAUGUGGAACCAAAUACAUUGAAAAAAAUGUACACAGUAGCAAGCCAGUGUUUAAAUCAAAUGAAGAACAGGAGGCCUGUCAUUACAAGGGUGCUACAAAAUCUGGAAGAUAUAAAAAAUCUUGUAAGCAGUUCCUAAGCUUUCAGCACACUGAAAUCAGUUGCACAGCUUUUCUUUGGUGGGGUGAACUGUAACGUAAGAGUUUCUUAAUAUGAAUCAGCUCAGACACUUUUUUAAGGGAACAGAAGCUGAUAACAUUUUGUAGAAAUCCCAUGCUUUUCAAGGAACUAUGACAUUAAUCUGAUGCCGGUAACCAGAUGUUAUCUUGCACCAAUAGUUAUGACAGUCUAUUUUGCAGCACACUAUUACAUACCAGUAUAGCAGGCCCGGACUGACAAUCUUUUGAUUCUGGCAAAAGCCAGAGGGGCUGCUGUAAUUUGUCAUAGAUAGUCACUAUUUAGUGGGCUGGUGGGUGACUGUUUGGGCCUCUGUGUACUUGAAAUGCCAGGGCCUUCUUAAAUUGCAGUCCAGACCUGCGGUAUAGCUCUACCUUUGAUGUAAUAUGGCUAUCAUUUUGGAAGCAUGUGCUGAACAACUCAGCCAACAAUAGGGCUUGGUGCUCUGUCAAACUGAGGUCAAAUGAGGGUUCAAUCAGCAAAAAAAAAAAAUUAUAUUUGUUUUAUUGCAAAAUGAUUGUUUUACUAUGCUAAAGCAUCCUUUCUUUUUACUUAUAGAAUUGUAUUUAUAAUGGUUCAUAUUAAAAUGUUGCCUAUGA